UUUCUGGCUAGUCCACUGUUACCAACGCCCUUGCUUUGCACUACACCUUUAAUAUGAGCCGAUUCAACGGAUUUAUUGAGCUCAGAAUGAAAAGGAACGGCGUUUAUAAGUUUUUGUCCGUAUUUUCUUGUCUAGUCGUCUGUGUUUUCUUGUUGUUUUGGGUUCUUGCCUUUUAUUCGAUGGUUCUGGCACCGUAACAGAUGUCUACGUACAUCCUUUAGUUUUCAUUAACACAGCGAAAGCCGAUUUGACAAGCAUAAGUAUCUAAUCUGUUCAUGCUACAUGUUAACGUUAUUUACCAACAUCGCUCAUAUAUUGGAAACUAAUUAAACAUUUAUUUUGCAGGACAAUAUGACUGUGUGACGCGUUACAACAUUUAACAGGAUGGAAACAUAUUUGCUAACACUGUUGUUCUUCAGUUGGUCACUUUACAGCUCCUUAUAACUUUGUUAAAUAUGUCAAAAUUUGGAGAGAGGUUUAUUUUUAGUUGUACAAGCGAUAAUUGCAUCACGUCUAAUAUCACUAUAUCUUUUGCAUAUUAAAUUAAUUAUAAUAAGUCAUAUGAGAAGCGCCGCCGAGACGAUACCAAAACAAACCUACUGCGCAUGCGCCCGUGACGACAGCCGUCAUAUGACUUUAACCAGGAAGUGCAUAUCUGUGUGUCUAAGGAAUCUAAACUGUCAUUCCUGAUGGCUGCCAAGUCAAUAGAGAGAGGCACAGCUGCCCCAAAGCUGCAGUUUGCCCCUUUCUGCAGUGCUCUGGAGGCAGGAUUCUGGCAUCAGCUCACACAGAAGAAACUCAAUGACUACCGCUUGGAUGAAAGCCCCAAAAACAUCAAGGGUUAUUAUUAUAAUGGUGAUCCUGCUGGCUUGCCGACACGCUUGACCCUGGAGUUCAGUGCAUUUGAAACUGAUGGACCCACACCUGCUCGGUGCUGUUCAGCCUCUGGAACUCUUUACAACACCAACACAUUAGAAGCUUUCAAAUCUACUGACAAGAAAGAUAUCCUAGAAAAAGCAGCCAAUGAGAUUUGGAACGCUAUUCAAUCAGGGGCUGCGGUGGAAGACUCAUCAGUUCUAAACAAAUUCAUCCUCUUGACAUUUGCGGAUCUGAAGAAAUACCAUUUCUAUUAUUGGUUCUGUUUUCCUGCCCUUUGCUUUUUGGAAGGAGUCCAACUUGUUCAGGAACCGAUGUCAUUAGAGCAGAGAUUCUCUGCCAAACAGAUCUCCAGCUUGCAAAUAGCAUAUGAUAAUCUUUGCUCCUCGACUGGGGUGACAGCAGUACCACAUUUUCUGCUCAAGUACACAGAUGAAAGUGUUGAAGUUGCUGCACUAAAAGACUUGAACUCCUUCACAGACCUAACAAAGAUUACUGUGGGUGUGUAUGACCCCUGCACGCUGCCUCAACAUCCUGGAUGGCCCCUCAGAAACCUCCUCAUCCUACUAGCAAAAAAAUGGGGUUCACAGCUGGAUGUUCUGGAGGUUCUGUGCUUCAGAGACAGAACUCUACAAGGAAGCCGUUCCAUUCAGCACAGCAUCAUCUUUCGGGUCAAGCUUCCAGACCUGUCGGCUUGUGCAGUAUGCCCAAAAAGUGUAGGUUGGGAGAAGAACAUUAAAGGCGCGAUGGGACCUAGAAGUGUCAAUCUCAGUGAAUGUAUGGACCCUAAAAGGCUUGCCGAGUCGUCUGUCGAUCUGAACCUGAAGUUGAUGCGCUGGAGGUUGGUCCCGUCUCUGGAUCUGGAUAAGGUCGUGUCCACCAGGUGUUUGUUGCUGGGAGCUGGAACCCUGGGCUGCAACGUCGCAAGAACGCUCAUGGGCUGGGGUGUGAGACAGAUCACCUUUGUGGACAAUGCAAAAAUCUCAUUCUCAAACCCAGUGCGGCAGCCGCUCUAUGAAUUUGAAGACUGUCUGAGUGGAGGGAAGUCAAAAGCUCUUGCUUCAGUGGACAGAUUGAAGAAGAUCUUUCCUGGUGUGAAUGCAGAGGGCUAUAACAUGAGCAUACCCAUGCCAGGCCACCCGGUGAACUUUUCAGAGGCAACAAUCGGCCAAGCUCAGAAGGAUGUGGAACAGCUGGAGAAGCUUAUCUCAGAAAAUGAUGUGGUCUUCCUGUUGAUGGACACACGAGAGAGCCGCUGGCUUCCUACAGUCAUCGCUGCAAGCCAAAGAAAGUUGAUAGUUAAUGCUGCUCUUGGCUUCGACACAUUUGUGGUAAUGAGACACGGCCUCAAGAAACCCAAAGAGUCCCAAUGUGAAGACUCCAGUCCCAUGUCUGCUUCCUCCAACUCUUCCUCCUCCUCAACACCAGCAGUCACUACAACACCAGGAGCAUCUCUGUUCUCAAACAUACCGGGACACCGUCUUGGCUGCUACUUCUGUAACGAUGUGGUUGCCCCUGGAGAUUCCACUAGAGAUAGAACUCUGGACCAGCAGUGUACAGUGAGCCGUCCUGGCCUUGCUAUGAUCGCUGGAGCCCUGGCUGUUGAACUGAUGGUAUCUAUACUUCAACACCCAGAGGGAGGUUAUGCUGUGGCCAGUAGCAGUGAUGACCGCAUGAAUGAACCCCCCACAUCGCUGGGUCUCGUUCCGCAUCAGAUUCGAGGAUUCCUGUCGAGAUUUGACAAUGUUCUUCCCGCAAGUUUGGCAUUUGACAAAUGCACUGCGUGUUCAGCAAUAGUUCUUGACAAUUAUGAGCGAGAAGGUUUCCAGUUCCUAGCGAAGGUCUUCAACUCAUCCCAUUCCUUCCUGGAGGAUCUGACCGGUUUGACUUUACUGCAUCAGGAGACACAGGCAGCCGAGAUCUGGGACAUGAGUGAUGAUGAAAGUAUUUGACGGAUUUGCAACCAAAACGGCUGGCGAGAGAAAGAAGUACCUUUAGUUAACCCUGGUUUAUAAAUGUGUCUUUUCUUUCUUUCUUUCUUUGUCAUUAUUCACCUAUUGAAACAUUGGUCUUAAAUGUUUAGGUUAAAUCAAGUACUGUCCGAGCAUGUCUGUUGUUUCUAGAUAGACAGCAUAUUUAAUUUGGACAACUUUAUAGACAAUUCUUGUUGCUCUAAUGGCCAUUAGAACACUAUAUUAUGGGAUUGUUAGUGACAGGGGUGUAAGAUAUACCCUCCUGCAGAGUUCAGUGUCAAAGCAAACACACCUGAACUGGAUCCUCAUGUUCAGGGUCACUAACCAAUGAUGAGCAGGUGUGUAAAAGGUCAAAAACUCAGAGGGUACCUUCGCAGGUGAAGUAUUUAGCAUCUCUGCUUUGUGGUAUGUCAUAUUUUCACCACAUAUUGAGUUUGUACACUUUUCAAUUUGCUUUGUAGUUGGAUGUCCUGUUACCUAAAUGAACAUGUUGUCUUUGUUGAAAAGUACUGUUCUUCCAUGUUUUAAACUGCUUGUAUUUUUUUUCACAAAUUUUCAUCAUUGCACUAUAACACAUGUGUGAUUUGUCUGGUAAUGUGAGAUUCUUAUUUGGUCAUGUCUAAAUAAAGUGUGAUUCA